AUGAACCUGACGACCGAGUUUCGAAAUAACCCAUUGAACAAGAUCGUGGGUCUUUCUGUCGUUCUAUCGAUGGGCUUUCUUCUUGUCAUUCUUGCAGGCAUUUACGGGAACUGGUUUCCUAUCAUCAAUGGCCUUAUCUUUGCUGUCGCCUACCUUCCUGCUGUCAUAACCAGAGCAGCUUUUGAUAAGAGUGACUAUGACUUCAAUUUCGAUCCCCAGACGUCUUCUCAUACGCUGGCGGUUCAAGAGGCCGGCAAGUUCCUCACAGGGUUCUUGGUGCUUACAGGGUUCUCGUUACCAAUUCUCUUACAUCACUCAUUGAUCUUGACGAAAACAGCACUGGUGUUGACCAUUAUUGGCGGAGGAUUGAUUUUUGGUACAGUGUACACUUUCAGCCAGGCGUUUGACCAGCCCGAGGAAGAAAAUGACGACCUCGGAGGCGGAGUGAUAUAA